AAAAAAUUCUCUCCUCGUUUUGAUGGGCCCACUAUCAUCACGAACAACAUCUUCGCGCUGUUCUGAAGCACUUCUGGUAAAAUGAUGUGCAACUCGAAACUUGAGUUGCGCAAGAUGAGGUGGAGUUUAAGCGCUUUCCUGUGCAGGCGGAUGCGUGUGGAGGAUCUGGAGAUACUGAAUCACUAACGACUUCGACGUUCCAAUUCAUAGCGUGCUACUGUACUCCUGACCAUUGAAAGCCCCUGACCUCAUGAUCUAGGUCCAGUAUAUCAGCCCGGACACCACCCACGGCGGCCGCUGAGCCCUUUCGCCCAUCAAUACACAGAGAAACCAUGGUCAUCGCGCCCACGCCCUCAGUAUACGGCUCUCUUAACCAUUUUAGCCCCGUCGACGAGACGGCACAUAUCGGCACGUCUUUCCCAGAGACCGAUGACGUCCGGUUGAGCGCGUGGCUCGCCGGGGACGACGCUGAUGUGCUCAUCCGCGACCUCGCGCGGCUCGUGUCCCACCGCGGGGUCGUGUUCUUCAAGAACCAAGACAUCACCGUCGAGCAACAGAAGGUGCUCGCCUUAAAGCUCGGGCAGCUGACCGGACGUCCGGCGGAGUCGGGCCUGCACAAGCAUCCCAUCUCGGAGGACACGCCGGAGCUCGGCGCGGACACGUCGAUCAUUUCCUCUGCGGGAGGGAUUGCGCGUGCUGGAUAUGCCCGGAAUGUGAGGGCAAGCGACGGCUGGCACACGGAUAUCACCUUUGAGCCUGUCCCGUCGGACUACGCGAUCUUAAAGAUGCAUACUCUGCCGAAAGUUGGCGGAGACACUCUCUGGGCCAGUGGAUACGAAGCGUAUGACCGCCUUUCACCUGCACUGCAGCGUUUCCUGGAGACGUUGACUGCGGAGCACGAUGGAAACUUCUUCCACGAAGCUUCAAAGGAGCUCAACAUACCCAUCCAGAAAGAUCGUGGUAACCCAGCCAACAACAGUACAGACCUGCGUGCAAUCCAUCCCGUUGCUCGUACUCAUCCGGUCACUGGUUACAAGUCACUCUUCGUGAACAAGGGCUUUACCAAGCGCAUCAUCGAGCUGCACCCUGAAGAGUCCGCAACGCUUCUUGACUAUCUCUUCCGUCAUAUCUCCGAAAACCACGAUCUGCAGGUGCGCUAUAAAUGGGGCGUGAACGACGUUGCUAUCUGGGACAAUCGCGCGACCUUCCACACUGCUACGAACGACUACGCCGACCAUCGCCAGGGGAACCGUGUCGUUGGCAUCGGCGAAAAGCCGUUCUUCGACCCCGCCUCGAAGUCACGUAGGGACGACCUCAAGCUGGCAUCUUAGAUAACCACACAUCGUGGAUUGUACUCGUAUAUUUAAUCUGAUAGCAACAAAUUGAAGUGCACUGGAACUGUUAUACGGGGACAAGGUGCUUGUUACGGAACAGCGAAGGAGUUUGCCGACAUCCAUGUGCGGAACGUCGAUCUCGUGUAGUGACCUGCAGGGCAGCAUUAAACAUCAACGUUCAAUCAUCAUCAAUCCCCGAGUAAAGCAGCCUUGUCUUCCACGACCUUACUCAGUCAAUUGAG